AUGCACUAAUAAUAAGAGUCAUUUACUAGUAAGACAUCCAAAUAAAUAGAGGAAUGCAUUAAAGAAAUGUAAAAUAACAUAGAUGUAAUUAUGUCAUUUAUAUAUAAAAUUAGUCAUCAUUCAAUAGAAUAGAUACUUUCAUUGAUUAGACUUUAAAUGAUAUUGAUGAAUUAUUUAAAUAAAGAUAGUUAUAAUAAUAAUAAUCAACAGAUUGUUAAUAAUAUAAUAGAUUACCUUAAUUAUAAUCACCAGAUAUCCAGAAUUAAUAAUUUAAUAAUUAAUUGAUUCAUUAAGUAACAUCUUUAAUCAAGAUUUCUUUUGACAAACAAGUAAAUAAUAAAGAAGAAUGUCUUAAUUAACAAUUCAAAAAAUAAUUAACUCAAAUUUUAGAAAAAGAAAAGAUUGAAUAAUAAUCAUUAUAAGAAACAAUCAAAUCAAAAGAUAAAUUGUUAGAAUCUUAAAAUUUACAAAUUCAAUAAUUUAAAUAAACAUAAAUUUCAAUUUAAUAACCAAUUAUUAAUCAACCAUCUUCUUAAUUAAUAUUUAAACCAUUCAAUUAUCAAUUGUUAUAAAAUAAUUCAAUUCAAUAACAUUAAGAGUGUUAAGCAAUAGCUAUUAAUAAAGAUUGUUCAAUUGUAAUAGCUGGAUGUGAUAAACAAAUUAAAGUAUUUGAAUUUAAAUAAGAAGUAUUGAAACAAACUCAACUUCUAAGUGAACAUUAAGAUAGUAUAAUAACUUUGAAGUUUAUGAGUAAAUCUAAUCAAUUUAUAUCUGGAAGUGAUGAUAAAUCAAUCAUAAUAUGGUCUAUGAAUCAAAGCAAUUCAUGGAUUAUCUAAUAGAAAUUAAAUGGACAUAAUAAUUCAAUAUAUAGUUUAAUUUUGAAUAAUAAUGAAGAUUUGAUUAUUUCAGGAAGUGCUGAUAAGACUAUUAAAUUUUGGAUGAAGUAGAAUCAUUAAUGGCUAUGUUAAUAAACUAUCACAGAUCAUAAUGGUAGUAUAUAAGGAUUAAGUAUAAAUUAACAAUAGAAUAAAGUGAUUUCAUGUGGAUCUGAUAAUUAAAUAUUAAUAAUAGAACAAUCAUAAUAGAAAUGGAUUGUAAUCUAAAAGAUAAAGGGUGAAAAAUAUGGUUUUAGAAUAUGCUUUAUAAAUGAUAAUGUAUUCACUUUUUAACCAAAUGGGAUAAAAUAAAUGCAUGUUUAUGAAAUGAAUAAUACUAAUAAAUAGUAUUUAAAGACUAAAGAUAUUCUUGUUAAAGGUUGUGGAGAUGACUACUUUGUAUUUCCUUAAUAGCAUAUAAAAUCAAAAUGCCUGCUUGUAAAUAAGAAUGGCGAAUAUGUGAAUUUGAUAAGGACAAUGGAAAAUGGAGAGUUUAAAACUGAAUAAUCCAUUGAAUUUGAACAUUAUAAUUUAUAUGGAUGUAUGAGUGAAGAUGGGUAAUAUUUAAUGACUUGGGAUCAUAGUACAAAAGAAAUUCAGAUUAGAAAAUACAAUGAAAUAUGA